AUGAAGACCAGUGGACAAAUGUUGGAGAAUCGACCAUUAUUCAACCUAUUCAACCUAUUCAACCUAUUAGAUCAGCUUUAGACCUUUCUUCGUCAACAUGGGAUCAAUGUAAUUCACUUGUUCCUCAACAAGUUCAUAAUAUAAUGAGUUAUACGGGUCCAACUAGAGAUUUAAUAGUAGAAGAGCCUGAAAUGACACAAGAAGUACAAAUUAUGCCUAUGAGUGAUGAUGAUACUAAUGAGGAAAAAUCAUCUACUAUACCCACGGAAAAGAGCAAAAAUGAAGAACAGCCCCAGUACACAAAAGAUAAAGAGUCUCCAGACGUUGACGAUGAUAACGAUGAAAAUAAGUCUGAUGAUUCUGUUGAACCACCGCCUACCAAAAGGACCAGAACAUCAACUCGAAAAAUGAACUCACCAGUUUCUAAACGUAGAAAAUCGACAGCAUCAAAUUCAUCCAAUCAAACCCCACCAAAACGAGGUCGCGGCCGUAAACCUACCAUCAGAUUCGAAGAUGAAGGUAGAAGUGGUCAAUAUCCAAAAAAGAAAACCGCCUGGAAAGUUGAUGAAGAUAACUAUAUGAUUGAUUUUAUUUUGGACGAAAUGCCCUCUCCUGCUUGGAAUCGAAUUGCUAAAGGUCUCCAAG